AUGGCUACAGAGAUCGGACCAAGCCCGCUUGACACCAAUGGAUUGUGUCUCUUAUCAUUGGAUGGUGGAGGUGUGAGAGGAUUGUCAAGUCUCCUGAUAUUGAGAGAUGUGAUGACACAGCUCAAUUCAGAGCGUGAGGAUAGUGAAGUCCUCAAGCCUUGUGAUGUGUUUGACCUGAUUGGAGGCACCAGUACAGGAGGAUUGAUCGCCAUAAUGCUAGGGCGGCUGGAAAUGGGUGUCGACGAGUGUAUCAUUGCAUACACCGAAUUGAUGGAAUCGGUCUUCAGCGAGAAAAUAAACAAACUCCCAGUUGACUGGUCUGAAAAGAUCGUAUCACAAUAUGACAGCAAGAGACUCAAAAAGGCCAUUGAAAGCGUCAUCACUCGUGUUGGGUUGUUGCCAACAGACCUGAUGAAUGAUGGGAAGCCCCGUCGCUGCAAAACGUUUGUCUGCACAACCUCUAAAGAUACUUUUCAAGUCACACGCCUUCGAAGCUAUUCAUUGUCGAAUGAGAUUGCAUUACCGGCGACUAUCUGUGAAGCAGCAAUGGCAACAUCCGCUGCGACCAGAUUCUUUGAUCCGGUUUCGAUCGGCAACCACCAAUUUGUGGACGGAGCAUUCGGUGCUAAUAAUCCUAUUGAGGAAGUCGAAGGAGAAGCCGCUGAUAUAUGGUGCACAACGAGCCGGGCUCUGAAGCCAUUGGUGAAAUGUUUUGUGUCUGUGGGGACAGGAGAUGCUGCACAAGUCCCCAUGGAUGACAAUAUGCUGACGGUUCUUUCAAAGACAUUGGUAAAACUGGCAAUCAAACCAGAGAGUACUGAACGUCGCUUUAUGGCUCGAUGGAGCAAUGAGGUAAAGGGGAAACGUUACUUUCGCUUCAACGUUAAGCAAGGACUGGAGCAAGUCCACAUGACCGAGUUUGAAAAGCAAAGCGUAAUCGAGUCUGCAACAUAUGUCUAUCUACAUCAUUCAUCCGAAAAGAUCCGAGAAAGACUAGGUAAAAUUGACUUUGAAACAACUAUACGUGAACAUGGAGCUCGAGCUGCUCACCAUAAAAUCCUGCAAGCGCUGGAUUUGCCAGACAACCCUUUUCACCACAAAAAGCCUGCUUGCUGGGUUGUUCCUUUUGAAAGGAAUCCACGAUAUGUCGAUCGCCAUGUCGUGGGAAAGGUAAAAUGCAGACUAUUUGCCAAGAACCAACCCGAACGAAUUGCUAUCUUUGGUCUUGGAGGAAUAGGCAAGACACAAAUUGCCCUAGAGCUUGCCUAUCAAACGAGGGAGCUAUAUCCAGAUUGUGCCAUCUUUUGGCUCCCUGCAGUCGAUACGGAGAGUCUCCAACAAGCAUACCAGAGGGUGGCCGAUCAGCUUGGGAUCGCCCUUGGUGAUACGAGGGAGGAUGUGAUGAGGCUUGUAAAGGACCCUUUGAGUCGGUCAAGCACUGGGCGAUGGUUGUUGAUCUUUGACAACGCCGAUGAGAUUGAUAUGUGGACCGAAAGCCAAAUUUCAACAACUGGAGGGCUAAAAGACUACCUUCCCACGAGCAAUGAAGGCGCCAUUGUCUUCACGACCCGAAGCAACAAAGUGGCUCAGUACCUUGCCGAAACAGAAGUUAUUGAAAUUGCCGAAAUGGAUGAGCAAAAGACCACUCGCGUCUUGCGGAAUACCUUGAUUAGCAAGGAACUGCUCCACGAUACCGAAAGCACCCGAAAGCUCCUUAGCCGACUUACGUUUCUCCCUCUGGCUAUUGUGCAAGCUGCUUCGUUUAUUAACGAAAAUAGACUCACACUCGCUAGCUACGUUGAUCUUUUGGAUCGGACAAUAACAGAGGAUCCCCAUCCUGCACGGACCUGCUUUUUGCACAAGGUAGGCAGAUGUCAAACUUGGGACGGGAGGGCCAAAGAAGCCGAAAGAAUCUUCAUUGAAAGCAUCGAAAUCGCGGGUGUAUUAUACGGCCCUGACAGUCCAUAUGCUUUAUUUGGGGAUUACGAGCUGGUGCAUAGCUAUUUAGGCCAAGGUAAGCUGAAGGAAGGAGUUAAACUUUGCGAGGAGAUAGUAGAGAGGAUGAAGAUCAUUUGUGGUCCUGAUAGCAUUGAGACCAUGGAAUAUGUCUGGGACUUGACAAUUAUAUACCGCACUACUUCUAACCACGAUAAGGCUCGAGAACUUUGCAAGAAUGUGAUCCCAUAUUUUCUCAGAAGACUUGGUCCAGAUUCCAUGGAGAAGCUGGAUGAAAUCGUUUCCCUGGCCUCAUCUUACCUCCUCGAUCCAAAGCUCUUAGUUGCUUCAGAGUUAUCUCUCCGAUCAUUGCAUAUGAACAGAACGCUGCAAUACUCAUACCUGGAGGCAUGGACAAAGUUCAGAACAUUCAGUUCUUGCAUGGAUGUUCUCCCUUAUGUUCGGCAUGCGAAAAAGGUAUUUUACGACAGGAGCACGUAUGCGAACGCCAAGAAGUAUAACCCAUAUUACGUUUUCCCACAGCCCGGAAAGGACCCUUUACUUCUUGAGAUUCUGGAAAUGGUGAACGGUAUUCUUACAAAGAGACAAUUGUCGAGUGACGGUGUCACUCGGGUAGAAGGCCAGGAAGAGGCGAAAUUCGUUUGA